GUCAUCAAUCUGCGCCACCUGACUCUUGAGACCCGGUGUUGGAGUGGGAAGUCGGUCGCGUUCUGAUGAAAUCAUUGGCUGUGGAAUUGGGACCGGAGGGUAAUCUAGCUCCUAGAGGCUGGUACUUGCACCUUAACCCUCCAUCUCCAGAGGACAGUUUGACGGAUUUUUCUGCCACGAGUGCACAUUCUGAAAGCAGGAGAUUGAAUUAGUUAUCAAUAAUGGGAAGAACCUACAUUGUGGAAGAGACUGUUGGCCAGUAUCUUUCAAACAUCAAUCUCCAAGGAAAGGCUUUUGUCUCUGGCCUUUUAAUAGGACAGUGCUCUUCACAAAAGGAUUAUGUGAUUCUUGCCACUAGAACGCCACCCAAAGAGGAACUAAAUGAGAACCUCAAACAUCCCAAAGCUAAGUUGGAUAACUUGGAUGAAGAAUGGGCCACAGAACAUGCUAACCAGGUAUCCAGAAUGUUACCGGGGGGACUUUUGGUUCUUGGAGUAUUUAUUAUUACUACUCUAGAACUGGCAAAUGAUUUUCAAAAUGCCCUGCGCAGACUUAUAUUUGCUAUGGAAAAGUCUAUGAAUAGAAAGAGACUGUGGAAUUUCACAGAGGAAGAGGUCUCAGAACGAGUGACACUUCACAUUUGCUCUUCUACAAAAAAAAUAUUUUGUCGAACUUACGAUGUCCAUGAUCCAAAGAGUUCAGCAAAACCGGCAGAUUGGAAGUAUCAAAAUGGGUUAUCAACCUCAUGGCUUUCUUUAGAGUGUACAGUUCACAUUAAUAUUCACAUUCCACUUUCUACUACUUCUGUCAGCUAUACUUUGGAGAAAAAUACAAAGAAUGGACUUACACGCUGGGCCAAGCAAAUAGAAAACAGUGUUUAUUUGAUUAAUGGACAAGUUAAAGACGAAGAUUGUGACCUAUUAGAAGGACAGAAAAAAUCUUCCAGAGGAAAUACUCAAACUACUAGUCAUUGUUUUGAUGUCAGAGUGCUAACACAGUUGCUCCUAAAUUCAGACCACAGAUCCACAGCCACGGUCCAGAUCUGCAGUGGUUCUGUAAACCUUAAGGGUGCUGUGAAAUGCAGAGCUUAUAUUCACAGCCAUAAACCCAAGGUUAAAGAUGCUGUGCAGGCAAUGAAGAGGGAUAUAUUGAACACAGUUGCUGAUCGUUGUGAAAUACUAUUUGAGGAUCUGCUUUUGAAUGAAAUUCCAGAAAAAAAAGAUUCUGAAAAAGAGUUCCACAUCCUCCCUCAUCGAGUUUUUGUCCCCAUUCCUGGAUCAACUGUAAUGUUAUGUGAUUAUAAAUUUGGCGAUGAGUCAGCUGAAGAAAUCAGAGACCAUUUUAUAGAGAUGUUAGAUCAUAUGAUUCAAAUAGAAGACUUGGAAAUUGCAGAGGAAAUAAACACAGCUUGUAUGAGUUCCUCUGUGAAUAGUGAAGCCUCAUUGGACAACACAGAUGAUGAACAACCAAAACAACCAAUCAAAGCUACAAUAGUAUUGAAAAUUCAGCAAAACAUAGGUGUGAUUGCAGCAUUUGCAGUUACAGUCCUUGCUGUGGGUAUCUCCUUUCAUUACUUCACUGAUUAGGGUGAGGCAAAAACAGCUUCCUGAUCAUCCAGAGAACAUUGAUUAAAAAUUAUGAGUAAUAAAAAUGUAAACAGUCCAUUUCUAUUUAAGAUAGUAGCAGCCAGAUCUGCUGCCAUAAUGCCUAUUUGGUGUGUUUCUGACUAAAAUGAACUCAC